AUGGAUUCGAAACCGAAUGCUCCAUCUGUACAACGGGUUCAAACUGUUCCAGCCGAAGGUGGAGCUAGAUAUUAUGUUGGAGGAAGAGUAGGUGGCUCAUUUUUAUGUUUUAGCAAUUAUUUGAGCAGUAACUUCGAUGUUGUUAAAGUUUAUUGGUUCAAUAUUGAUGUUUUCUUUGUUUAUUUGCGGUUCUCGUGCUUGUGUCGAGUUGCUAUAUCACUAUCUUUUUAGCAAAUAGCAGUUGCCCAAAGGCGGAUCGUUCCAACGAAUCAAGUUGUUUCACAACGACAUCCUCAAUAUCAACAUGUAGUAGCUAGAACUCCAUCGAGGAUAUACACGCCACCUUUAGGGAGUCAGGUGAAGUAUGUUCCGCCAACGGAUCCGAAUAGAACACGAUAUCCUAGAAAUACAGACAAAUCCAGAGGUUUAAGGCAUUUCAGUAGCAGAGUGUGUGAGAAGGUCAAGGAGAAGGUUCAGACCAACUACAAUGAGGUAUGUCGUUUUGUAGGGAAGUACUUCAAUCUGCUGUUUAGGAACUAAAUAAUACAAAAGUGUUUCUUUUUAUUGACAAAUUGGAUGAGCUAUCUAAAACAUUAUCCAUUAUUAUCACAUACAACAACAAUCUUUGAUACAACACAAAUGAAAACUGAUACCUAAAUUUUAGGUAGCUGAUGAGCUAGUCUCAGAAUACUUUGAGUCUUUGGCAUAUCCUCCUGCCAGUCACGAUAAACAAGUUUAUGAUUCGAAGAACAUCAGACGUCGAGUGUACGAUGCUCUGAAUGUGUUGAUGGCAAUGAAUAUAAUCGAAAAGGAGAAGAAGGAGAUUAGAUGGGUUGGAUUACCUACAUCUUCGAUAGCUGAAAGACGAAGGUUAGAAGAAGAGAAGGCUAAGCGGAAAGAGAGGAUCAAGCAAAAGACAGAGCAGAUGAAGGAGUACAUUGUUCAGGUAAGAAUGAUAUAAAGGUUACACGAAUAGAAAUGUAGAGUAUUGAUUAAAGAAUGUAGAAAAUGUAUCCUACAACCUAAUAGUUUGUUGUAUUUGGUCUGUUAAUGGUGAUUGUUUAUGUUUUAGUUGGUGGCCUACAAGUCAUUAGUAAACAGAAACCGUGAACAAGAAAGGAAGUCUGGACGUCCAUCCGAACAGUCGAUCCUGUACUUGCCGUUUAUAAUUAUAAAUACUGAAAGGAAGACUUAUAUUGAUUGUGCUAUAUCUCAGGACAAGUAAGUGAUCAUGAUAAGUAAAUAUUUGCGUUUAGAACUGAAUACGCCAUGACAUUCGACCGUCCCUUCGAAAUUCAUGACGACAUUGAAGUCUUGAAGAGAUUGGGACUAACUUACGGACUAGACCAAGGAAUUGUGGAGAAUGAAGAUAUGGAGGUGAUCAAAGGAUGUCUCCCGCCUGCUCUUAGAGUUUAUGUGGAUUCUAUCAUUGACUCUAGAGCUGGGGAGGGUAGGUUUAGUUUUAUAUUGUGGUAAUUCUUUGUUUUCUUAUAAAAAUGUUUACUUUGCUUUUUAUUACCUAAAUAUAUUUUAGAUGCCGAGAAACCGCCAGAAGCUCAACUGGAAGAGCCAGAGCAAGUUCAACAAGAGCCAGUUCCUGUCCAAUCGGUUCCUCCAAGUCCAGCCAAGCCCCAACGAUACGUGGCCAGACAAAUAAAGGAUUCUCCACAACAAUAUGUGUCAGUACAACCGAACGUUCACAACAGAACGGUCGUCGGUUCGAGGCCGACUACAAUACACAGAAGUUAUGUACAGAGGCCGGCCAACUCCGUAUCUUCUGUAAGUUUUACAAAUAUAUUUAUAUAUAAGGUCAUGAAUAUGUUUAGGUUUUUCGGUUUCUUUUUGACGAAACUGGUAAAGACAUAACUUGGCUUUUGUUUGUUCUAAAGCUUGAUCUUUUUUAAUACAAUUUUGAUCUUUUAGCGGUACGUUCAACCGUCACAGAGUUCAACGUUCCAAACUGUAAAUAGAGCCACUGGCCGACAAGUUUAUGUUGUUCAAAGUAGCCCCCAAAACUCCCGCUAUGUAUAUACCCGACCGGUCAAUUAUGGUUAUGUAAGUUGAUAUUCGUAAGGCUUAACCUACUGGUUACAUAUAUUGUCCCAUAUCUGGAUUUUCUUCGCUCUGCUUUCGCUACUUUACCAUUAUUGUGUAAGACUUUAUUUAAUGUUCAUUUUCAGAUCCAACCCAGUUCUCAAGUUGUGUCCGAGCCCAGUACCUACCAAGAGGAAGAGUACGAGUAUGUGGAAGAUAACGACGUAUACCACCAACAACAACAGUAA